AUGUCGUCGAAUAUUGGGCGAAGAUCUGUGGAGGUUCGCAGUCUUUGGGAUGCACACGACACCAACGAGAAUGGCUAUUUGGACCAGACGGAGCUUGAAAGUCUUCUCAUUCACCUUCACAAGAAGCUUGGCGGCUCUGGAGAUCUUUCAGAAGAAGCCAUCAAACGCUGUGCAGAAAUACUUCAUGUGGAGAGUGGGGAGCUGCGAAAAGAGGUUUUCGCAAGAAGAUUCACACAUCUUUGGUCUCAGAAGGACAAGCUGUUGGAACUCUCUCCAAAGGUGACAGUCGUGAGUGAUACUUCCGAGCCCUCCAGCUCUGUCAACCUGUGGCUUGCUGCAAGUAUGCAUGGUGUCGAAGGAGAGCCUUUUCCUGAAGGUAGUGUCUGUUGGGUGCGAGAUUCAGCUGUGAUGACAGAGAAGGAAGACUUGAGUAGCGUCAAGAAGAAGGAUAUCCCUGGAGCAAGCAAAGGCCUUCAUUCUGCUCGGUUGCUGGUCUUGGGGCAUGGACGAAGCAAGUCGCGGCUUCGUGUCCAAGAUAGUUCAGGCGAUGUUGGCUGGGUCAGCACCACAUUGGAAGGCCGACUGCAAGGUGCGGACCUGGCCUCGGAGCUUCUUGCUGCGCAUCAUCAGGCCGUCCAACAAGAUGCCAUCCGUUGGCGACAAGAGCAGGACAUCGCAGAGUUGGAGGAUGAACUGGAUGAGGAAGAGAAGGUAUGCAAAAGUUUUAAGCGUAAAGUGAAGGAACUGGAGCUGAGCAUUGCCAAGGAGGAGCAACGAAACGGAGAGGAGAAGCAAAUUCAAGCGCUGGAAGAGCGGAACUCCACUCGGCUGAAGUCCGAGCUGGCAGAGUUUGAAAGUGAGGCAGGCAGGCUGCGCAUUGAACUGGAAGAUUCCAGGGCAGCUUUGCGAACUGCGCAGCUGGAACGCCGAAGCAAAGAAGAGCAGCACGAGAGUCGGAUCUCAGCAUUGACUGGGUUGAUGCAUGAAGAGGUGAACAAGGCACAUGAGAGACUUACAGUCACUGAAAUGGCCACAACAGCAGCGCAAAGAACGCUGCAACUUGUAGAGGAUGAGGAAGCAGGGAAAACGAGCAAGUCAGCAGAUGAGCUCAAUCGAAUGAAGGAUUAUGUCAGAGCAGAGUCAGAAGCAUUUGACAAGUGCGAGUUCAAGCUGGAGAGCAUCGAGAAGCGGGAAAAAACAAGGUCCCUUUUCGAAAAUGUGCAAGUCGAGUUCCUCCACAAGGAGAAGCGAACCAACGACGAGCUUCGUGAAGCCACUCUGCUUCGAAACGAGGCUGCACAAGCUGCAGAUGAGGCCCUGGCUUUGCGCAUCAGACUGGCCAGAGAGGACCAAGACCUCACAUCUCGACAAGCCUCACUUUCAACGGCAGAGCAGCAGGCUUCACAAAAGCUGGAGUUAGCAGCGGUUGAGCUAGACCGGGCAAGAAUCUUGACCCAGGAGCUCACCAAGGACAAGGCGGAGGCUUUCAGCGAGUUGGCCGAAGCCAGGCGUGUGUCAGGAAGAGCUCAGCAAGAAAGGGAGCUUGCACAUCAGCAGUCCUUGGAAGCAGAGAUGGCAGCCUUUGAGGCGAUGAAAGCCUGCGAAGCAGCAGACGAGGACAGGAAGAAGGUUGAGCAAGCCCUUCUUUCUGUGACAGAAGAUUUAGAAAAGGCUGCACGCCAACAACGAGAAGGAUUGGAACUUGCGGCAAAGGGCGAAUCAUCGUUGCACCGCAUGCACAUGAUCGAAGAGAAGGUGUCCCAGUAUAGCGAGGAGAAUCAGAGAUUGUCGCAAGUUCUGGCAACAGAGAGGGCAGCAUGCAAUGAAAUCCGCAGCGAGAAGGAACGCAUGCAGCUCGAACUUCGAGAUUUGACUCGGCUGACUCGCUUUGCAUCUCCGCGAAUGCGUGGACAGUCUGGAGUUGGCUGA